UGGCGUCGCCAGCAAUUCGUUGAUUUCCUAGUUAACUUGUACAAAAUGCAGCUAGUUCUUGAUUGAAAAGCAACCAAGUGAAAUGUGAGAUUAAUUAGAGGAAAGCGACGAGCCCAAGGCAUGCAAAAGAAGCCCAUCCCUGACAGGAAUCCACACCGAAGUCUGGGGAAAAGGAUAUGGCAGCGGCGGCAACGGCAGCACCUGCGACCUCCAGUGGGAAUGCACCUGCUCCAUCGGCUGCAACGGCCCCCGGGGGAGGAGGGGGAGUGGCCGGUGGGGGAGUAUCGGGUGCCCAGUUCAGGGAAAUCCACAAAAACACUUGGCUGAAACGGCUGACGGCGGAUGGCAAGCGUUUGACUGUCGGUCCUAAAAAAUCCGAGUGCAGCUGGGUGGUGUUUUGCGUCCACGAUGACACCGAAGCUCUGCUGGAGGGCUAUGCGGAACCUAGGCAAGCAGCUGGACACCUGCCCGAGUGGGCCGUUUCUCUCCGGGAAACCCUCCACAUCUCCCAUGCGCUCAUCCCCAAUUCCCAUGAGUUCGAGUUUGUGGUCACGCUCAGCCACGAGGUGUUGCGCUUUCACGCCGUCUCUUGGGAAAUUAUGCAAGAGUGGGUAGAAACGCUGCGCUCCAAGCUGCGCGAAAUGAAGAUUCUGUCGCCGCGCGAAAACCUCUACACGAAGCUACCUGAAGUGCGCGCCCCACUGCUGCCCACGCGGGAUCCCACAUCGCCAUUGCCGCCACCGCCGCCCGUUCCGGCGGCUCUUGUGCCGGGCGUUGAGCGUGUGGUGGCCGCCAGUCAUCAGGCUCAGUCAGCGCCACCUCCGGAGCAGCCCCCCAGUCCAGUGGCCACAACGCCAGCUGCUCCUGCUCCCGCGCCCGCUGCCAUGUCGAACACGUUGACGCAGCACCUGCUCAACAUGCUCUCCGAUCCGAUUAGCACUUAUAGCGAGCAGAUCAGCGAGUCUGCAGAGCCAACUGCUGAACAGGAAAGUGCAGCGGGAACUGAAGGAGCAGCAGAGGAGCCCCCGUCCAAUAGCGAUGCCGAUCUGAAUCUCUCCGACGACGAAUACUUGUCGCCACUGCUCCGAAAGGCUUGUGUGCUUACCGACAACGGUGUCCGGGUGGACGUCGUGGCAGCCACUGUUCAACGUGCUUCUGCUGAUCAAAUCCUGAGUUUGGAGCACAUGCUGCAAUGCGAACGACUGAUUCCCAGACCACAAACAUCGCGUUCUAUGUCCGCUGGCGCGGCAGACAAAUCGAAGAGACCCCCACGGAAGCCCCUCCAAUCCCAAUCGUCCAGUGUCGCUACGGCAAACAGUGAGGAUUCUCAGGACAAUAUCACAAUCAUCCAGGUGUCGAACAUCAGCAACAAUGGCCAGGAGCAGCCGCCCGAGCUGCCGCCCAAAAGUUCGACGACAGCCGAAGUGUUUCGCUUUCCGGAGGUGAAGGCAAAGUCGCAGACGAAUGCCAAGCAGAAGCCAUCACAGGCACAUCAGGAGUAUAAAAGCAACGUACAAAUCAUUCCGUCCACUGCCAGUAGCAGUACCAGUACCAGUACUAGUACCAUUCAAGUCCUGGGCAAACAGCCCAGCAGCAGUAAUCCGUAUACCACGCCCGUCAAGCAAAGCUCUUCCAGUGGCGCCAGUCCUCAGGUUUCCGGCACCACCAAGGUGAAGGUGCUGGGCGAGGGCGAGGCCACCACAACUGUGGCGGUUUAUGGCACCUGCUAUCCACCAACAGGUAGCAGUGCCCCGGCCAGCUCCUCCAGCUCUGCCUCUGUUAAUCCUGCCAAGCCGCAGACGCCAAGAUUAAGUAAGAAGAUAAUACUCAGUGCCAACACCUCGGGCAUUACGAAUAUUAGUGUGAAUAACGAGCAGGGCAGUGACUCCAUAAUCAGUGGCAACGUUCACUACGAGAAGGUCUUCCUCUCCUCCAGCAUUCCCAUUACCAGUGUAAGCAGUCCCACAAGAGCGACGAGCACUCAUCCCGUUCAACCGGUGUCGAAUGGAAGUCCUGCUUUGCCUCGUCGUCGGUUGGCUUCUCCGGCGACAGUACAGCCUGCCACAACCAGUGCACCAGGAAGAGCGGCGCCACAAUUAACUCGAGGACUAACCGAACUGGUGAUUAGUUCGCGACCCAGCCGAAGGGAUUUCCACUACCUUAAGCUGCUGAACACUCCACUGAAAACAAAGACGUCCCACAAAUCAACCAGCGCCACGAAUAAUAAUAUUGAGCAGCAGCCGCACCAGUCCACGCCUUCCAGUUCCACGAGUGCGCAAGUAACGCCAAGGAACAACACCUCCAUAACGACAGCUGACAGCCAGGAGCAGCGCCGGCGCAGCUCGUCCACGUCCGAUGCGCAGGCGCCUCUCCAGCGGGUUCCACAGCCGGCAACCCAGCGAAAUGCGAACAACAACGAGUUCACGCCCUCCCGAAACGGAGCCUUUCGCAUGCAGCCACCUCCGCAGGGAGCUCCUCCGACCAGCACUAAUCCCGCUCAGCAGUCGCCCAGUAAGCGAAUGACUCUGCGGGAGCAGCAGGUUAUGCAGUUAAGGCGGGAGAUCAUGCAUCCGGGUGGAGUGCGUUUGAAUCUUAGGCGCAAGGAUUGCGUUGGCUCCAUUGCGUGGGUGGAUGCCUUCGGUGGCGUUUGGAUUGCUGGCUGGAAGCAAAAGGAGCAUCCCGUGCUGUACAAUGCAUUGCACAUCGGCGAUCAACUUCUAUCAAUUGCAGGAGUGAAUAUCAGCAGUGCUGCAGAAGCCAACAAGAUUAUCAGGAACACCAAUACGCUCUUUGUUGAAGUCUUGCUGCGACGCAUUCCAUUUGGUCGGGCAUAUGCCAUUCGUCGUGACCGAGAGGGUCAAUGCCUGGGUCUGAUUCGAGACGGAAACACUUCGACAAUCGUGGACGUUGUGCCAAACAGCUUGGCCGCACGACAUGGCCUUCCGCCCAAGACCCAAUCGUGCGAUGGAAGCUCACUCACCUUCUGGAUGCUCACCGAGAUUAAUGGUCGAUCACUCAAUCUGUUCUUCAAGGAUAUGGAGAUACGCGAUCGCCUGAACUCCGUGGGCCGAGAUAUAUCCAUUUUGGUGCAGCCGUCGGAUUUGAUAACCAAGCUGAAGAAGCAGCUGAAGUCGCUGCGGGGCUACAAGGACUACUUGGUACAGUAGGGCCCCAGCAAUAACGAUCGAUUCCAUAUAACCACACAUAACUCGUAACUGUAAUAAGCUGCUAUACGCGAAUCUAUUUCGAAUAGCUCUCGGCCAGUAAUCAUUCCAUUUUCGCGUAUACGUCAAUGAACGGAACCACUAUAUAGUCAACUAGAGCUGGUAGAAUCAUUUCGCUAUAAUACGUACUACACAUACACACCACACUUACUAUGAUCGAAACUACUUAAAGGACUUAGGUGUAGCGUUGAGGAGCAUAUACAAAAACAACCUAUAUAUUUUUGCAAAAUUUUAUAUAAACUCGUACAUAUAUAUACAAAUUGAUCAUUAUAUAUAUAUAUAGAUAUAUAUACACCUUAUGUAUAGCUGACACUUUUAAGGGUUACCAAAUUUACACCUCGAAUUUGUUUGGAUGCGGAAAAGUUAUGAGAAAUUUACAACAUGAAAUUCAAGUAUUUUAGGUUAACAUAUACACGCGUAUCACACACACACACACACACCUGUGCAACUUAGUAUCCUUAUGCAAUAUUGGAGUGCCUCUGAUUUUGUUCAUUGAUGUUGUUUUCUUUCAUGUUUCCAUUUGUUUCGUGCGAAAAGAAAAAAGCAUCUGUCGUAACUUUUAAGAUGUGAUAAAAAUGAGUACUCAAAUUUAGGCAAUUUUUAACGGUACAUUUGUAAAUGCUUUUUGAUUUAUUUUAUAUAUAAGUUUCAGUGAGUAAAUUCGAUAUACAUAUUAUUACUUAUGUAACGAUCUUGCGGAACAUUCAUUAAAGCAAUUCCACACAAA